AUGCGGAGUGAGAGGUUGACAUUAAGACAGAACCAGCAUGGGGUCUCAGUGGAGGAGAUCAGUGGCUCUUCUCAGUCCUCAUAUAGCAGGGCUACCAGGGAGCUGGAGGAGACAGAGGAGGAAGAAUCUUGUGACUGGACAUGCCCAAUGGAAACUGGGAAGAUGGGUGAUUUUGCAAUCAAUAAUCAGCUAGAGAAAAGUACAACUCUAUCACCCUCUUCUAAAACCUAUUCCCACGUUACAGACGACUCAAGCCUGAGCUCGGCGGCUGGCUUAGACCUGCGGGACUGUGCCCCCGAGAAAGUAUGCCAGGACUGGGACCCCGAGGUUCUGCUUGCUGCCGAUAUCCUGGCCUCCAGGACCUCCUGGUCCAACUUUAUAAAGGAGUUUACUACCACAAGUUACCCAUCCAAAAUAAAUCCCGUUUCUCAUCAAGAAAACGUAGUUUCCACCACAUUUGCAAACUGCAGGAACAACAGCAAGAGAAGUCUCAGAGUUCAGUUGCCUGAGAGCAACAGUGCGAUUCAGAUGGAAAAUUUUCUCUCUCUUCUGGAAAGCGUUGAUCCUUCAUGGCUGACCCCCAGCUCCACCACUUGGGCAAUGGACAUGAUCGUUGCCUUUGUGUGUGGGCUGGGGCUCUUCUGCUUAUUAUUACCUCUUCUCCCCCUUGAUUCACCCUCACCUGCACCAGCAGGAAACACCAACCCCCAAAAGAGUACCUGUAUAACAGUUGAUAUCUAUGGAAGGAAGGUUCAUUCAGUCCGGGUCCUUCCCUAUUCAUCUUGCCCAAACUCCUGGCCCCAUGAGAUCCUGGCUGCAAUCAUAUCUCCUGCCUUUUACAGCAUUCAGGAGAGGCUUGCCAAUACCAUCAGCAUUUGCAGCCAGUUAGGACAAGAUGCCUCAGGUGAAGCAUUCAAACCAGAUGCUGCCAAAGCUCACCUGCCACCUAGACAGCCCACAGGGGAGUCUGAGGAAACCCAUUCAUCGCUAGAGACUUCCUCUGCUUCUUGCAACGAACACCUGUUGCUCAAAGAUUCUAAACCCUUGUCUCCUGUCAUGCUGAAUUCCUCACCGAUGGAGUCACAGUCAUCUGAGAGUGCCUCUUGGCCACCAGAGACCUUGACAACUGGAAGACACCUUUCACAAUCACAACAAAGGGUAUCUUCCUACCCAUCAGAUCCUCUGGAUCCUGUGGCUUGUUCUCCACCCAUGACUGAUCCCAGUGCGGCAACUCUUCACGUUGAAAGGAAAAUGCUAGAAACAUCACAAAGACCCACUCUGCCAGGUUUGCCUUCUCCCAUACCAACCACCGCAGGUAUCAACCUCUCAAGGAGGCCUACUUCAACCAUCCCAGACCUUAACUACUCUAGCAGGUCUACUUCAAUCAGCCUAAACCAGGAACACUUAAGCAGGCCUACCUCAAGCACUCCAGGUGUUGGCCAUUUAGACAGGCCGACCUCAUCCUCUCCAGGCCUUGAACACUCAAGUAGGCCUAUCUCAGGCCCUUUCAGGUACCAGUUAACUUCGAGAACCGUGUGCCACUCUACCUCCGCACCUGAUGAGGCCUUGAAAGAAGAUCUUGCUCUCACCAUCGAUAAAGCCUCAUUCUGGAAAGGCCCCAAAGACAGCCAUUUAGAGGCUGUGGAGCCCACUCUCAUCAGCCCUGUUAUACAUGAGAUUCAGCAAGAUCAUAUCAGGAAAAGAGUCCAACAAAAACAUUGCAAAGGGGAAACAAAAGGAAGAUCAGACCUUUCCACCAUCGGCAUGGUCAAUAAACUGGAUUCCUGCAGCAGCAAGGAGGGCAAUGUCACCUCAUGCCCUUUCUGGAUGGACCCAACUCACAAGAGGGUCCUAGCUAAUGGCUUACAAGAGAAAUGUGUGCAGCUUUACUGGGGUCUCCCCUGUCUCCACAGUGAGUCCCUAGUGGCUCCUGUCAGCAUGGCAGACUCCCCACUAGAUCUCGCCUUCAUUUUGUUUAAUGGACUCUCUACUUACAGCCCAUCACAUGUAAAGAAUAAAGGCCAUCCACAGCUCUGUUCUCCAGAGCCCUUACUUCAACACUUGGUCAAAUCCCAACCACUGUCUUCAAAGAUUUCCUGGUCCCGAACACCAUCAGAGACUAGAAUCCAAGGCAAGGCCCAUGACGCAUCCUCUCUCUCAAAGCUGCCAUGCAAUUCAUCUCCAGUGAAGAAAGAUGGGGCUUCUUGUCUUACAUCUUCAAGAGCCCAAUUUAUUGUUUCUCCCAGGGCUCGAAACCUAGAGCACCACCUUAUCAAAAAACAAGGAGAAAUCUCGAGUGAUUUGCCAGUCAGCGAUAAAAAAUCUCAGGAAGCAGCCAAUCAAAACACUAUUAAGGGUUGGGACUCACUGGGUCAGGAGCCUGUUGUCCAUAACCAGGGGGAUUACAUUAGCCCUGAGUUCCGGGAGAAGACAGAAGAACACUUCAAAAAGAGACGCACACAACACCAAUUUCAAUGGCCCCCUAAAGUCCAGCUAUCUCUGGACUUGGGUCAGGCAGAAGUUAAUCACAGGAUUUCAUGUCCCUCAUCACAGGCAAAUGAAAGUGGAGAGAGUCUACAGAGUGUCUCAGCAAAGGGUCCUGAGAUGUUACAACCAUGGCAGACCACACUCAGGGAUCUUCCAAAAUAUCUGGAAAGAGCUCUGGAACAAGAUCUGCCGCCAGAGGGUUCCCAGGGCAGAGGCCUCAAGACCAUAAAUACUUUAAACCUGAAGACAGCUACAUCUUUACCCUAUCCACAGUCCUCCAAAGCCUCUCUGUCCUGGGAAUCAACAUACGACUCCAUGAUCGAAACAGCCAGUAUUCUGGGACAUCCAAUCCAGCAAGCUCCAGAAGGAGACAUGAAGAUAAAAGCGUCAUCUAUGGAGUCUCAGUACACACAGAAUUCUCCUUCUGUCUUGCAGCCAGCAACCCUGAGAGAGGUGCCACCUUGUAACAACUCUGUGUCCUCUGAGGCCCCUACAACUGCCCAGAGAUACAAUGACACUAAUUUGUCCACCCCACAGUGCCUUGUGGGCAGAAUAUGGCACAGGGAAAGAGUUGAUAGAUCUAUGGCAGAAAACCCAGAGCCUAAUCAAUGCCAACUUCACGGUAUCUGGAAGACACUGGAGAGUGAGAGGUUUACAUUAAGAGAGAACCAGCAUGGGGUCUCAGUGGAGGAGAUCAGUAGCUCUUCUCAGUCCUCAUAUAGCACGGCUAUCAGGGAGCUGGAGGAGACAGAGGAGGAAGAAUCUUGUGACUGGACACACCCAAUGGAAACUGGCAAGAUGGGUGAUUUUGCAAUCAAUAAUCAGCUAGAGAAAAGUACAACUCUAUCACCCUCUUCUAAAACCUAUUCCCACGUUACAGACGACUCAAGCCUGAGCUCGGCUGCUGGCUUAGUCCUGCGGGACUGUGCCCCCGAGAAAGUAUGCCAGGACUGGGACCCCGAGGUUCUGCUUGCUGCCGAUAUCCUGGCCUCCAGGACCUCCUGGUCCAACUUUAUAAAGGAGUUUACUACACACAAGUUACCCGUCCAAAAUAAAUCCCGUUUCUCAUCAAGAGGACGUAGUUUCCACCACAUUUGCAAACUGCAGGAACAACAGCAGUACCAGAGCUUUGUCACAAACAUGCAGAAAGAUAAAUACAGAAGUCCUCCAACGCAAGACACAAAACUUCAUGGUACGAAACCUGUGCAAGGCCACCCAUCAAAUGAUGAAACGUUUGGGGACAAAAUUAAAAAGGUUAUAUUCUCAACUUUCACCCCCAACUGUAAUAUACAAGAGAAAUCAAGGCCAAACUGCCAGAGUUUCCCAUCUUUUACCCAAGGGCCACUCACAGGUCCUAGUCUUCCCCAAAAAGCAAGGAGUAAGCCAGUCUACGAACCAAAGAUAAAUCCAAAAAGCGUUGGCACUGUUUAUCAUGCAGGCAUCAAGAGUCAACCUUCUUUUGAUACAGGGAUACCCUAUGUCAAGGAGCAGGUGCAGGCAACCAGAGACCCUGUCUCCCGAGCCAGCUCCUGUUAUAAAAGCGCCCACAUGCAACAUGCUCCUGGGAUCCCAGUGUCCUGCCCAAGGCACAGACACUGCAUUAAAGUUUGA